CCAUCAAACGGUGGAUUGUAGUUGCAAGUGGAGGAUCGUUGCAUUUUGGGAUUAUCCGUUGAAGAAUUUUCUUGUGUCUCUAUUGCGUUGGUGUGAUGUUGCCAUUGAAAACACUGAGGCUUUAUGCUGUGGUGCCCCUUCUUCUUGUAUUUAUCUGUGAUCGUACCAUCGUCAAGGGGAACCAGGUUGGGGCCCUCAAGAGAUAUGAAUUUGGAAGUCCAAACUACAAACUACCCCCUGGAGAGUUAGUAGGCGGAAGGGAUCCAUGGGCAAAGUAUAUGCCAAAACCCGUACGCCCACGGAGGCAGCUCUUCCCCACACAUCAUGACCCCUUCAGCAGUUUCUUCCAGUCAAUGUCCGAAGGUGCCAAGGUUGUUAAGCACGUAAUUACGGAUCCAUUCAGGCGUCCAAAGCGUCUACUAAUCACCCAACCAAAAUACAUCAGAGGAACAUCAUACGCAGGCUUAAAGAGCUACUACAAACCCGAUGCGGACUUAAAGAGUUUCUACAAACCCGACGACUUCAAACCUGACUUUUCCGCAACAACUGAGAUCAAAGGCCUCAGUGACUUUCCCAAUCACGAUACCCACACUGAGGAGCACUACCACUACGAUGAUACAGGCAAAAGAAUACCACCCCCACCUGGCUUUGAAUUCCCAUCAACCCUGAGUGAAAUGCAAUCUUCAGAUAGCUUUGCAUCCUAUGCUACAUCAGAGAAACCAAGCCUUGUACCGGAAAAUAUUUUACGGCAAAUUGAGAAGCAAGAAGAACAGAAAGCCGAAGAUGCCAUGAUUUCGGAAUUCAAGCAAUCCUUCAAAGAAACCAAGCCUAAACAUCUUUUUACUAUUAAAACAACCUACAAGAGUCCCUUUGAUCUUGCUGGGGAAAAUGGAUGGAUCCCUAUGGAGAGCAGUGUCAAGAGCACCCUAAAUGGUUUCAAAGGCUUCUCCGGGUUUGACGAUCUUAAAGCAUCCGGUGGAGAAAUGACUCAAUCCUUCCCUGUUAGCAGUCUCCAUACGGACGUAAUGCAGCUACCAAUUGGCAAGCAAGUGCAAUACGAAAAGCGCAUUAUCCCUAUUAAGGACUUUGUGAUGAAGGAGAUCAUCGAUAAGGAUACGAAGAAGCCAAAGUAUACAGUUUACCAAUUUACCAAGCCAUCUAGUAGCAGUCCAACAAUAAAGCCACUUAAGGAAGUUUUUGGCGAUGUUGCUUCUGGUAGUUUCCUAUUUUCAUCCCUGGAUAAUACAGAAAAGAAGAAGACUGUUAGCACAUUGGCUCCUAUUGUGAUUGAUACAACGGAAAAUGAAAUAAUUGUAAGCCCAUCCCCAACACCAAGCGCAUGGCGUCCAUCUCCAUCAGUUUCAGUUGAGAACUACUCAGUUUCCUCUACAUGGUCAUCACCAACAACCCGUGCUCCUGCUAGAUCCAGUACCAGAUCACCACCUACGAGAACCCCAACCCGAACUCCUUCCCGUAGUGUCACAACAACUGAACGUCCGAAUUAUCCAGAAUUUUUCUUUGAGACCGUACACAGUGAUUCAGGCAGUUCACGGAAGAGGCAAAAGGAGAGACGACAGAAGAACAAGUCAUCAGCCCCAGUUGACGAUAUUUUCAAGGGGAGCUACAGUCACUACCCAACUCCGACCAAGUUUAAGCCAAUCGAAGGGUCAAAGUUGCAGUCGGAGACGGAAACGCUAAAGCCAGUAGUGGAGAUUAAGGAGGAAGAAAAGAUCAUUCCAAGUAGUACUCAAGAUCCAUUGCAGGAUGGAUUUGUGAAGUACCAUGUGCACGAGAAUCCCUCGGAUUCCCUGGUGGAGCUCGAGAAACCCAUCAAGAUGAAGGAGCAUAAGAAGUAUUCGAUGAAGAAGUUGCAGGCAAGUGCAGUGCCCUUCAUCAAUAUCCAACCAAAAAUGCCGUCUCCAUCUCCGGUAUCCUCCCCAGCCCCACCUGCCUUCCUAAUGGAGAAGAAGCGUACGAGUACCACCCCUCAUACCCCUGUUAAAGUUGACUUUGAGACGGCCGUGGAGAAGAGUAGACGAGCACCAUCGUCCAGCUACAGCUACAGCAGUCUGAGCAAACCUCAGGCCCAGGAGUCCCGAAAGCGCCAGAGGCCUCAUGCCCACUUUCGCGACUCCUCUGUGUCAGCCAGCACAAACAUGGAGCGUGCUGCGGGUCGCGGAUCCGUAAAAUAUGGCGACAAGCUCCGAUAGAGAGAGCAUCGAAUAGUGAGACUACGUCGAGCAUAUCCCACACAUAAAACACCAAGGGUUGUAUUUAUAAAAGAAUGAUGAAAAAAAAUGUAAAAGUGAGAAGAAAAUUCCGAUGAGGGAGAUAAACAGCGUAGUUACUAAGUAAUUCCAUGUUUAAUUGUUUAACGUGAUCUUCGAGAAAUUCCAUCGAUUAACCAAUGGUGUGUUGAAGAGGGAAAGAAAAAUCGAGUGUGUAACUGAAGCGGAUAGAAUUAGUGUACCAAAGUCGAUAUUUUUUCGCUCUUCAGUGUUUGGUAUCACUCUUUUUUUUCGUGAAAAGAGGCUAGAAAUUUUCUCUCUCGCAGAAAUUGUACAUAUAAUAAUAUUGUAUAGAGAAAAGAGAUGUAAAUUAAAUGCACACGAAAAAUUCAUCGAAGCGUUGUGUGUUGAAAUGAAA